UGUGACUGCAUUGGGCAGGACAAAAAAGCUUUCAUUGAGGGGAGUGGCGGCUAUGCUUGGUGUUUAAUCAAAUGAAAUUAAAAAUAAGCAAUCUGAUUUUUAAAACCAAAAUAAUAUUUCUAAAUAGGAUGGGGUCAGAAGCUACAUUUAAUAAAUGUCAUCUCUUGUUCCAUGGCACUGGUGCUCACGUGGGCCUACAGGUCUUUACACAUAACAUUUACACUUCUGUACAAAAUACUAGCCACCUGUCAGUUGUAUUGUGGCCUAUGUGUGAGACACAUGCUCAAAAAUAUCUGCCGUAGAUAUGGCAUUACAGAAGGACUGAAUAGUUUGGAGGAGCACGUCUUGAGUGCUGAUCUUGGGUCAGUUUAGCAUUUUCCCAACCAAUGGUUAAGGUUAGGAUUGGGUUGAGGGAAGACUAAAACAGGUUUUAUUAUAUCUUUAGCCCAACUCAAAAUGAGAAUUUGACAUUUUCAUCACUUCUCUACAACAUUGCUGUAUAGUUAUUAUAUUAUAAUUAUCCCUUUUUGACAAUUAUUGGUUAAUUCUAGGUUGGAUCUCAACAUUCCAUAUUGUUACACAAUGCUGUUUGAUGAGUUUUAACUUAUCAGAGUUUUUAACGCAUUUGGGUCGAAACCACAUCCUGCCCCACAUCUGUGUUAAUAGGAUUUAUGUUUCCAUGACAACAUAUUUAAGUGACAUCACAACAUUGAGCCGUUAUAGAGGUCUUCUGAAUGGCUCAGUUCUCCAAUCUUACAUAAGACCUCAGCAACGAGCUUCAGAGUGAACAAAUCUGCUGGGCGAGACGAAGUCAAGGAGACAGCAUUUUGAUGGGCAUGGAUAUCAUAGAAGUGGUGGAGGUCGUGGGCAUCGCCCUGGGAGUCAUAGGAUUAAUACUGACCAUCGUGGUCUGUGCUCUCCCUACCGCGAUAGUGACAACCAUCAUACAGGCGAAUGUUGCCACCACAGUGGUGGUCUUGAAUGGCCUGUGGAUGAGCUGUGUGGCCCAAGGCACGGGACAGACACAGUGUGAGGUGUUCAACUCCAUGAGGUAUUUGCACCACUUUCUGCAGCCUGCCAGAGCCAUGAUCCUCAGUGCCAUCACCCUGGGGGUUCUGGGGGCCAUAUUCUUCAUGGUCGGAGCCAAGUGCACCAACUGCAUCAAAGACAAAACAUCUCAGGCCAAGUUGAUAAUUAUUGCUGGAAUACUUUUCAUUGGUGCCGGAAUUCUUAUCCUCAUCACUGUUUCCUUGGUAGCAAUAUUUAUCAUCAUCGACUUCCCCAUGUGGAUCGAAGGAAAGCCUGAGCUGGGGGCCUCGCUGUACUUCGGCUGGGUGGCGGCUGCCCUGCUCCUGAUUGGAGGGGUCAUACUGGGCAUCACUGUGGGAGUGUUUGGAUGGAUGAUGGGAAUCUUUGGAUGGAUAGUCUCCCGAGUGUCCUGUGCUCUCUCUAUAUUGCUCCCAUUCAGUUUUUCUCCUGAGACCCUCUAUAGGGACAUAUGGAUGGUUCUGAUGACAAUCACUUCCAUUUUCACCAUCUUGGGAGCUCUAGGAGUGAUGGGCUCCAUCUUUGGGACCAGGUGCUAUAACUGCAUCAAGAGUAACAGGGUCAAGGCCAGGUUCAUCGUUGGAAUAUUCUUCAUCCUGGCUGGUAUCCUGCAGCUCACCACUGUAUUUUUGGUUGACCAUUACUUAAGAACGGAUGUCCACCUGCAGCUCAACCCAUUCGUCCUGUUUACCCAUAAUGACCUGGUUAUUUUAGCUGAAUUCAAUAGGUGGUCCUCCUCCAUGCUCCUGAUAGGAGGGACUAUACUCUGCUGUUGUAUCUACAAGAGGAACCAGCCAGACUCAACAAUGACUCAAUCAACCUCCCUCUAACAGCUCUGUCUUCAACAGUCAUAUAGGUCUUUAUGUCAUAUUGUGUUGGGAUCGUAGUCUGGUGCAGCUGCUGCUGCUACUGCUUUAACAGAGAGGCUGUACUUUCUUUUCAUGAAAACAAUGGAGAGAAUAUAAUUGUGAUUCUAUAUGUAAUUCUAUGAUAAAACGGCCUCUAUCCUUUCUGUUCAGUGUUAAAAAGUCAGAAAGGACCUGAUAGGUGUGAAAGCAACAUAGUUAUUGUUCCACUUUGUCUUUAACAUGUCACAGAGGAGUUUAUGAAACAUUGUGUUCAAAUAUUCAGUUAAUUUAGACUGGGAGUUCCUGAUGAGACUCUGCAAUGAAGGGACAUAUUCUCACUGUUUCCUCUCUGAUGUUAUAUACCAGUAUUGAUACUUCUCUUUAUGCUUCUUUAAAAUGGGAUGCAUUUAAGAAGCGAGAGAAUUGAAUCAGUAGUUGAUUGUUUAACCCUGUUAAAGAUGUUCAAAUAAAAUAAUUGUUUCCUGGUU